CGAGCGUACAGAUGCUGAGACUUUUGUUUCUGUGGCCUGCGCUGCUACUCUGCAGAUUUGCAGGGCUGAGAGCGUGGCGCUGUUCGGUAUUAUUUCAUACGUAUGGAAUUUAUUUUAUGACUAUCGGAAGAAUUGCUUUGCUUUUCUUUGUAAGGUUUAGUUUAAAGGAUUGGGCGCGGAGAUAUUUUUUCUAUCGAAAACUGAUAUUGCUAUGUCUCACGUGUGAAUCAUUCAGUAAGUGAUAGGAAGCCAACCUUACGGAGCCGUAAAAGUCCACCGCAGCUUUCUGUGUGAAGGGAACGGAAGAACAUUGAGAAGGAAGAGAGGCACUGUUAAGUCGCCCCCACAAAAAAAUAAUAAUAGAUUAACUGGAAGAAAUUUGUAUGCCGAAGCGAAGCACAUGUCGCGAGAUCGUCCCACGUGAGGGAAGUGGCGCCGGGGGCGGAUCACAAGUGGAUCCAUCUUGCUGCUGACUUCGUCCCACCUUCAGACAAAGCUUUCCGAUCAGCUUACCUGACGGUAAAUUCCAAAUAAUCCGUGACUGUACUUUUGGCCGUCAGAUCAACAUUUUUUUUCAUGCAUUUGUCCUCUUCCGUAUCUGUCUUGUUAGUUCUAGAGGCGUCAAAUGAUCGUUGAAAAAGCAGUGGCCUCUUUGCUGAGUGCCAUUUUGGAAUCAAUUUAAAAGAGCCUAGAGUCGCACUUGAGGCGUUAAGGCUACAAAUAUUGAAGCUAAGAGACCUUUUUGAAUCGUACUUUAAACCCACUGUUUUUUAGGGGCAUUAGGACUGCAAUUUGAAGGGACGGCACAGUUUUGAGAUUUCAAGUCCAUCAGAGAUUCCACAGACAGUUAGGUCAUCAUCUGCAAGGAUGGCCUUCAGCAACUACAGCAGCCUCAAUCGAGCCCAGCUCACCUUUGAGUAUUUGCACACGAAUUCAACCACUCAUGAAUUCUUAUUUGGUGCUUUGGCUGAGCUGGUUGACAAUGCAAGGGAUGCUAACGCUACAAGGAUAGACAUCUACACAGAAAAAAUACCAGACCUGCGAGGUGGAUUUUCUCUGUGCUUUCUUGAUGACGGAACAGGCAUGGACCCAAAUGAAGCUGCACAUGUGAUGCAGUUUGGAAAGUCCAGUAAGCGAUCUCCAGAAUCAACGCAAAUUGGCCAGUAUGGCAACGGAUUGAAAUCAGGCUCAAUGAGAAUCGGAAAAGACUUUAUUCUCUUUACUAAAAAGGAAGGCCAGAUGACUUGCCUGUUCCUUUCUCGAACUUUUCAUGAAGAGGAGGGUAUUGAUGAGGUUAUUGUGCCCCUUCCCACUUGGAAUUGCUCCACCAGUCAACCUGUUACAGAAAAUCCAGAGAAAUUUGCAAUUGAAACUGAGCUCAUCUAUAAAUACUCGCCCUUCAAAACAGAAACUCAGGUCAUGGAGCAGUUUGGUAAAAUCGAAGGAGACAGUGGGACAUUGGUCAUCAUUUAUAAUCUCAAAUUGAUGGACAAUCACGAGCCUGAGCUGGAUCUCACCACUGACCCACAGGACAUUCUGAUGGCUGGGACACCUCAAGAGGGCGUCAAACCAGAGCGUAGAUCUUUCCGGGCAUAUGCUGCUGUCCUGUAUAUUGAUCCCCGAAUGAGGAUAUUCAUACAGGGAAACAAAGUUCGUACCAAGCGUCUCUCUUGCUGUCUCUAUAAACCCAGGAUGUACAAAUACACAUCAACCCGAUUCAAAACAAGAGCUGACCAGGAGGUGAAAAAAAGUGAUCACAUGGCUAAAAUUGCUGAAGAAAAAGCACGUGAGGCCGAAAGCAAAAGUCGAGCACUUGAACUUAAAUUAGGUGGAGACCUAAGCAGGGAGUCACGGAUUUUGCUACGGAAAACACAGGAUGCAGCUAUGAUGCUACGUCGAGAAGCUGAGAUGAAGAAACGCAUUUUGGAGGCCAAGCAGAGAGCCCUGAAAGAGCCAAAAGAGUUGUGUUUCAUUUUCGGCGUAAACAUAAAUCAGCGAGAACUUGAUGGGAUGUUUGUGUACAACUGCAGUCGACUCAUCAAGAUGUAUGAGAAAGUGGGGCCUCAGCUUGAUGGUGGGACGGCCUGCGGUGGUGUGGUCGGAGUGGUUGAUGUCCCCUAUCUUGUGCUGGAGCCCACGCACAAUAAGCAGGACUUCGCCGACGCUAAAGAAUAUCGACACCUCCUAAAGGCCAUGGGAGAGCACCUCGCACAGUACUGGAAGGACAUUGCUAUUGCCCAGAAGGGGAUUGUCAAAUUCUGGGACGAGUUUGGUUAUUUGUCAGCUAACUGGAACCAGCCGCCUUCCUCAGAGCUUCGGUAUAAACGACGUCGAGCCAUGGAGAUCCCCAUAACAAUUCAGUGUGAUAAGUGUUUGAAAUGGCGUACCCUGCCAUUCCAACUGGAUGCCGUCGACAAGGAAUACCCGGAUUCUUGGAUUUGUUCUAUGAACCCUGACAGCUCACAGGACAGGUGUGAGGCUUCUGAGCAGAGGCAAAACCUUCCAACUGGCAUUUUGCGCAAGGAUAUGAAAUCCACCGAAGACAGGCAGAAGGAGUUGAGUGAGAAGAUACGGCAGCAACAGGAGAAGCUCGAGGCGAUGCAGAAAACCACGGUGGUUCGGUCCCAAGCCGAUCUAAAGAGUCUUCCCCUGGAGGUCAGCCUGAAACCUGCUGAGAACAGCUCCAAGGAGACUGCGAAUUCAGAAAAGAUUCAAAGGCCACGGUCUCCACCGCUACCUGAUAUGAUUAAAAAUGCUCCAAGUCGCCCUCCUGUUUCAAAACCACCGCCACCAUUAAGUAGAAGACCAACGCCUGUUCAGGUACAGAAGCCAGCUCCCACACGCACUCCACCGGCCCCCUCAAAGAAAGAGGAGGUGAGCAGGCUGCGGGCAGCCGAGCUGAAGCCCACAACGCCAACAGCAUCCAAGGCGGCAACCAGCAGCAGAUUAUCCACUACUAGGUCUCCAGCCCGUGGAACUGCACUGACCAAGUCCUCACCUGCACAGAAACCUGCGAGCAAAUCAAAACAACCAUUGCCAGUUAAAAAACCACUGAAGAGAACAAUACAGGUGGAGAGUAGUGAGGAGGAGGAGGAGGAGGAGGAAGAAGAGGAGGAAGAGGAUGAGGAAGAAGAAGAGGAGGAGGAGGAGUCACCAAAGCCAAAAAAGCAAAAAAUGGCGGCUGCUGCUGCUUCAAAACGAGGAAAGGCAGUCUUGUCCAAACCAGAUCCAAAGAAGGGCAAAGUGACGGAGCUAAGGGCUCACACCGCAGACGGCAGUGUCGUAGUAGAGAAAACAGUGAAGCAGCAGAAGGUUGUUCCUCCUGCCGAGCACAGCAAACAGACCCAGAAGCUGCCCACCAGAGACCCAAAAGUUGCCGAUGCGAGUUUGCCCCAAAGUAGCCGAGCAGCCACGCCCCGUUGUGAAACGAAGCGUGGCGCAAUUCCGGAAACCAGCACUCAGAGACAAAAGAACAGCUUGGUGGUAGAGAUCACAGACAGUGGUGAUGAAGAAGAAGUUGUCGACCUGAAGGCAGCCCAGAAAGAUAAAGGGCUUUUAGUGGAAGCUAAAGUCAACAAGGAAUGGUAUACUGGCAGAGUCACUGCUGUAGAGGCAGGAAAGCAAGGACUGCGAUGGAAGGUGAAGUUUGACUACGUUCCAACAACACAAACUCCCAGGGACAGAUGGGUCUUGAAAGGCAGUGAUGAAGUGCGACUGAUGAGGCCGCCGUCUCCCGAGUCUCAAAGUCCCGAUACGCUCCAACGAGAAGAGGAUGAAAGCAGCACUGCCAGGAGAAUGGAGCCAGAUACCACUCAGCCGUCGGCCAACAAGGAAAUGGACAGCUUGGUCAGCAUGAUGAGAACGUUUUUGAGGUAUUUCUUCCCACCCAAUUUCCGAAUAUCUAAAGAAGACAUCAACAGCAUGUCUGCAGAGGAGUUGGUUGCCUUUCCAGUGAAAGAAUAUUUCCAGCAGUAUGAAGUGGGACUGCAGAGCCUGUGUAACUCGUACCAAACGCGAGCAGAUGCACGUACUCGAGCCGUGGAGGAGAAGAGUAACAGUGCCGAGACCAGACUACGGGACACGGAGGAGAAGCUACAGAAAUUAAGGACAAACAUUGUGGCCUUGCUACAGAAGGUCCAAGAGGAUAUUGAUAUUAACACAGAUGACGAACUGGACGCGUAUAUUGAGGACCUGCUAACAAAAGGCGAUUGAGUUGAAUGGUGACGUAGUAGGACUGCAGGAUGCACGCCGUGGGUUGGUGGACCACCUUUUGUACAGUUCAUUCAAUUUGCAAAGCUGAUGAUGUCUGCUGCUGGAUUUGAUUACUUGUGUUGUAUUUCUGCAUCGAUACGAUUUUCACUAACAAGAACCCCACAUUUGCACCAGACCAGCAUUCCCCAAUUUGGGGUCACACUUGGAAUUAAGACGGCAGAACUUGAUAGCCUUUGAUUAGACUGUUCUAGAUUGGGACGCAAAGAAGGCGAUGGUGAGCUGGACGUAUUGUUUCUGUUCAAAUCAGUUUUGAUUGCCGGGAUUGCCAGAAUUUGAACUGUACUCGCCUCACGAGGAGGAGAACGACGCUGAAUUUCUUGAAUGGCCAUCUCGGGUUCAGUGUCCUGUUGGACCCGCCAGUGACGGCGACAUUGGAGUUUUACAUUGGCACAUUGGGAUUUUAUUGGACAUCUUUUAUAUUAAAGAUAGACUUCUAAAUUGUUUUGACAUUGACAUUUUUAUAGUUCGACAACAAAUUGACAAAAGUAUUUUUGUAUUUUUUUUCACCAUGUUGUGAAACUUUUCUGCUCUAGUUAAGAAAAUUGUGUUGAGGUUCCGUUAGGACCGUGCAAAAUAUUUGUGUGGUGGGUGUGUGGGUGGGCAAAGAAUGCUGAGGGAGCACAAAAGGUUUGCAUGCUGCUGCCUCGUACCCCUUAAGUUAAGAAAGAAGUUUUAAUUUUUUAUAGGGAAUAAAAGGAGUAGGUCCUUUUAAAGUUUUAUCUGUUAACAAAAUGCAAAUGUUUUCCUUUUAUUUUGAAAAGGUUAUUUGGAUUAAGUCACAGCAGGUUAAUGUUUUAAACAAUAGAUUUUCUGUUUAUUGGCAAAAAAAUGUUUGUAAGUUUAUUUUUUAGAGAAUUUUAAAGUGGGGCCCAAUCUGUAAAAGAGACAAAUGUUGCUAUGUUCUGUAUUCUGAUCUGGUUACUAAAGCAAGUUAUUAUGCAUGUUCAAUAAAAGGUUGUCCCUCCACUCA